AUGCUAUUGAGGAUCUCAGCAGGGUUCAUACUGUUCUUGCUCUCUCAAUGCACUGUGACCCUGGGCACCAAAGAGGCAGUGGUCCUGGCUAAUGCUCACCUUCUUCCCCAAAGGGACUAUGAGAAACUGGGAAACGCCAAUGAAAAAGACUAUCCAAGGGAUUGUUUUGAGAUUUUACAGCGCUCCAAAGGAAAUUCCAGAGAUGGCCUUUACGUCAUCCAACCAAAAGAGGAACCAGUUGUUGUCUUUUGUAACAUGCAGGAUGGUGGCUGGACAGUAAUCCAGCACAUUACAGCCAACAGUACUGUUGACUUUGACAGGACCUGGCAGGACUACAAAUAUGGAUUUGGCUCUGUUCAUGAGAACCACUGGUUAGGAAAUGAAUACAUGCACCAGUUAACUGGCGGCUCAGUGCAAUAUAUACUUGGAAUUAAACUUGUAAAUCUAAAUGCUGAAGUCAGAUGGGGACAGUAUGAGCCAUUCCUAAUUGAGGCAGAAGAGUCUCAGUACCGAAUCAGGGUUGGUCUUUACAAAGGCAACGCCACUGAUGCGCUGACCCUGGACACAGAAGCUUAUCUCCAUGACAACCAGAAGUUCACCACCAAGGACAGAGACAAUGACAAUUACUUUAUGAAUUGUGCCAAACUGGAACUGAAUGGGAUUCCUGGGGGAGGCUGGUGGUACGACGCGUGUGCUGGAGCAAAUCUGAACCGCAGGAACAUGAUAUACUGGCAAAAAGACUGCAACAAGCAACGCCCGUGCAAGUUUGCAUGGAUGAUGAUCAAACCCAUUGAGCACCACCAGUCAUACCCUACCAAGGCCUGCCCCUGUCAGAAAAUUGAACUGUAG